GGUCCCUGGGGGCCCUUAAAUGAUGAGGCCUCAGGGUUUAGAAACCAGUAUCACUCUGGCCUUAUCUCUCUGUCAGCCUCAGAGUGUGUGAAUCUUGGAUUUGGGUCUCUCUACAAAGUGCUUGGAAAUAUGACUUCUUCCAACCCCGACCAGCGCCUGGAGCAUCUCCUCAGCGCCGUGGAGAGCGAGUUCCAGAAGGGCAGCGAGAAGGGAGACGCGUCCGAGAGGGAUAUUAAACUGACGCUGGAAGAUGGGGACUUAUGGAACAAGUUCAAAGAGUUAACCAACGAGAUGAUUGUCACCAAAACGGGAAGGAGGAUGUUUCCGGUUCUCAGGGCCAGUGUCAGCGGCCUGGACCCGAACGCCAUGUACUCGGUGCUGCUGGAUUUUGUGGCCGCAGACAACAACCGGUGGAAAUACGUGAACGGGGAGUGGGUUCCCGGAGGCAAACCGGAGCCACAGAGCCCCAGCUGCGUCUACAUCCACCCGGACUCACCCAACUUCGGAGCGCACUGGAUGAAAGCGCCCGUUUCCUUCAGCAAAGUCAAACUCUCCAAUAAACUCAACGGGGGCGGACAGAUCAUGCUGAAUUCUCUGCACAAAUACGAGCCGAGGAUACACAUCGUGAAGGUCGGAGGCAUCCAGAAGAUGAUCAGCAGCCAGUCUUUCCCCGAAACACAGUUCAUCGCUGUCACUGCUUAUCAGAACGAAGAGAUCACUGCUCUGAAGAUAAAGCACAAUCCUUUUGCUAAAGCCUUCCUGGAUGCCAAAGAAAGGAGUGACCAUAAAGAAGUCCCUGAUCACAGCGCGGACAGCCAACAGUCUGGCUACUCUCAACUUGGAGGUUGGUUCCUCCCAGGCCAGACUCCCAUCUGCCCCAGCAGCAGCCCUCCUCAGUUCAGCGGCACAGCGGGCCACUCCUCAGGCUCCUACUGCGAGCGCUACUCCAGCCUGAGGAGCCACAGAGCCACCCCGUACCCCAGCCACUACCCCCACCGCACCUCCAGCACAAACAACUACAUGGACAACACUUCAGGGACUCUGCCUACUCAUGACAGCUGGUCUGCUCUUCAGAUCCCAAACUCCACAGGCAUGGGCACUCUGUCCCACACCACCAACUCCACAUCUAAUUCAAGUCAAUACCCCAGCUUAUGGUCGGUAGCCGGCACCACCCUCACACCUUCAGGCUCUGCCUCUGGCUCCAUACCCGGUGGUUUGACCUCCCAGUUCCUGAGGGGCUCCUCCUAUACAGGCCUGACCUCUUCGCUGCCCGUCUCCUCGCCUUCCUCCAUGUAUGACCCCAGCCUGAGUGAGGUUGGGGUCGGGGAAGCCCAGUUUGAGAGCUCCAUCGCCAGGCUGACCGCAUCCUGGGCGCCUGUGGCUCAGAGCUACUGAGAAGCUGGAGAUUCAACUCGGCUGCUCGGCGGGAAGAGGACAUAGGACUAAAGACAUAAACGGACCUCCUGGGGAUGAUGUGGAAGACUUGCAAGCAUCCCCUUUGGCUCCUGUUUGUCAAAAAGCAUAGAUUAUGCAUUCCAGCUUCUGUAAAUGAAAAAAAUAUGUUAAGUAUGGCUGGAGUCAUACUGAACAAAGCUGAUGUGCAACUUGAAAGACAAUCCAUCUCAAUAUUACACUAUAAUAAGCCUUAGAAUAGCUGCAUGGUCAGAACUUCCUCUUUGCUCUUAGUAAUUCCUAACUGUACACAUUUAUAACAUGUUUAUUACCUUUUUCACUCCUAUGGCUCCACUCAACGCAAACUGAACUGAACAAUCGUUGACAUUUUUCUUGUUAUCCUUAAAUAUAUAAGAUGAAAAAAAAAUGGUUCUGCUAACACAAACGUGUAUAUGUGUGUAAAUAGAAUAAAUUAACAUCCAGUGUUUUCCAUAGAAAUGUGCCUUUUCUGAUAGCAAUACAAAUGUUCCACGUUCAGACCGAGAGACACAAGUGCCUUCUGUAUCCUGGCAGGGUUUUGUCUGGUUUAAAGACUCCCCCACACCCCCCUCAACC